AUGGUGCUUCUCUCACGAUAUAGGUCAACUUGGGGUAUCCCACCAGGACCAGAACAAAAUAACUGGAAGUGUCGUUUGAGAGAGUGGAAACUCCAUGGAUACUCUGGGAUUGAACUGAAUCUCAGCUUCGAUGGCAACCCAAUCGUGAAUCUGGAAAAUACCCGCCAGUUUUGUGACUUUGAAGGCCUUGAAAUUGCUGUGGUCAUGUUUUCAUCUUGGCCAAAGGAUGCAGGGUCUACACCGGGGCUAUCAGUCGAAGCACAUAUAGAUUUCUACAAGGCGCAGCUUGAAAUUGCUUCUAAUUUGAGACCAGUUGUGAUCACCGCGCAAUCUGGAUCGGAUUGUUGGACGCUUGAAGAGUCUGUUCAGUUCUAUAAAAGAACACUGCAGAUUGAUAAAGAGUUUGGACUUCAAGGGAAGAUAUGUCAUGAGACCCAUCGGAGGCGAUCUCUAUUCAAUAUCCGGGUUGCGGCCGACAUACUACAGCAGGUGCCAGAGUCAAUACCACUAUUAAAAAUCACUGCAGAUAUUUCCCAUUGGGUGGUUGUUGGCGAGCGCCUUCUAAAUCAAGGGAACAAUGACAUCAGGCUCUUGGCCUCUAUUAUUCCCCAUGUACGCCGCCCAGUUUUCAUCCAUUUCCAGGCAUUAACAUCGAAUAAGGUCAAUCAUAUACAUGCUCGUAUCGGAACCACACAGUCCUCGCAGUGCCCAGAGCCUGCGAAUCCAGCUUUCGCCGCCGAAAGGGAAUUUUUCGAGAGAUUUUGGCUUGAUGUCAUUGAAUACAAGCAGUAUAAAAGCUCUGGAUCCUGCAUUACAUGGGUUCCUGAAUACGGGCCAUUUCCAUACCAUCCGAUAGGGUCCAUGCAAGCCCAUGAGGAUCUUGCAGAUAGCGAGGCCAAACGACUCGAGAUGCUCUCCACAAAUUUCUCUGAUAUGAGAAAGUGA